AAAAUGUAAUAGUUUGUGAGACUUGCUGAAAAUAGGCAGCACGUGUGCCACGAGCUUCAACAAUCAACUGCUUCCCAACAACCAAUGACCAGUCCACUACACACACACAGUUAACAUAUUGUACUUUGGAAACUCAGAUAGAUAGAGAGAUUCUCAGUUUCUCACUCCAAAAUUUCAUCUCAUUUUGAAAGCCCAUUUUCAGUGUAAAACGAAAAAAAAAAAAAAAUCAUGGACUCAAAGUUUAGAGUGACUAUAGCAGCAACACUAGCAGUGCUUUCCAUCAUCUUGGGUCUGUUAAACCCAGCCAAUAAAACUGUCAGUCUCUUUGCACCAUCAACAAUUCCUGGGUCCCAUGACCAGCUUCACAAAGCAGAGAUUAUACAAGUAACUGGAGCUUUGGGACCAGAGAGCCUAGCUUUUGAUCCCAAUGGAGAAGGGCCCUACACUGGUGUGGCUGAUGGUCGGAUUCUCAAAUGGCAAGGUCCUGCCCUUGGUUGGACUGAUUUUGCUUUCACCACUUCUAAUAGGAAGGAGUGUUUUCGUCCAUUUGCACCAGAAAUGGAGCAUGUAUGUGGGAGGCCUUUGGGACUACGAUUUGAAAAGAAAACUGGAAAUCUCUAUAUUGCUGAUGCCUACUUCGGUCUUCAAGUAGUAGGGCCUGCUGGUGGUUUGGCUACUCAAGUGGUCACUGAAGUUGAAGGCCAGCCCUUAUGCUUCACGAAUGAUAUGGAUAUUGAUGAGCAUGAAGAUGUGAUUUAUUUCACAGAUACAAGCAGAAGUUUCCAAAGAAGGCAAUUCAUGUCAUCAAUCCUAAAUUUAGACAAGACAGGCAGGUUACUUAAAUACAAUAAAUCAAACAAAGAAGUAACAGUCUUACUAGAUGACCUUGCUUUUGCCAAUGGAGUAGCAUUGAGCAAUGACCGCUCAUUUGUACUUGUAGCCGAAACCACUACUUGUCGAAUCGUUAGGCUCUGGCUUCAUGGCCCUAAUGCUGGAAAGUCUGAUAUUUUUGCUGAGCUUCCAGGAUUUCCAGAUAAUGUAAGAAGAAAUUCAAAAGGGGAGUUUUGGGUUGCCUUACAUGCGAAAAAAGGACUUUUCGCAAGGUGGAUUCUGUCUAACUCAUGGGUUGGAAACACACUGUUAAGACUUCCACUUAGCUUCAAACAGCUACACUCACUAUUAAUAGGAGGAAAGGCCCAUGCCACUGCUAUAAAAUUAAGUGAGGAAGGAAAAGUUUUGGAAGUUUUAGAAGAUAGUGAAGGAAAGACCAUAAGGAUUAUCAGUGAAGUGGAAGAGAAAGACGGGAAGUUGUGGAUUGGAUCAGUAUUGAUGCCUUUUGUUGGCAUUUAUAAUGUGCAUUAAAUAUUAAUUACUUCAUAUUGAAAUCUGAAAUUUCCUGGAAUCAUCCUCUCCAAAACAAAAAAAAAAUAGUGCAAGGCUACCUACUAAUCACAUCUUCUAGACCCCGCAAGAGUGGAGGCUUUGUGUUUGGGUAAGACCCUUUUUUUUUUUUUUU